GGGACGGGAGCGUUUCGCAAGCCUUCAGAUCGUGAGUAGGCGGCUCGUCGGUGGCCCUAGCGCGAGCGAGCCGCGUCUCCGCGCUCCGCUGCAACCCGUGCAUCCCCGCGCCGAGCUCGCGUCGCCUCCUCCAACAUGGCGUGGCCGUGCAUCACGCGUGCCUGCUGCAUCAACCGCUUCUGGAGCGAGCUGGACAAAGCGGACAUCGCCGUGCCUCUGGUUUUCACCAAGUACUCGGACGUGGCCGACGCGCAGCACCCGCCCCGCCAGCCGUCGCCGCGGCAGAAGGGAGCCGACGCCAUCGCCAUAGAAACCCAGCCUCCCCAGCUCGCCGAGCAGGAGGCGAAGGCGCCGCCCGCCACGGGUGGCGCAGCGGACAAAGAUGGCUCUGGCGCGUCCGUCAUGCGCCAAGACUUCAAGGCGUGGAAAGUGCGCCCCGAGCGCAGCUGCAAGCCCAAGAACGACUACCACCCCUCCGCGGCGCCGUUCAACAACGAGACGCAGUACCAGAAGGACUACAAACCCUGGCCCAUCCCCAAGAAGGGCGACCAUCCCUGGAUCCCCAAAGCCAGCCCCACCGCCUCCGCGACGCGGGAGGGGCCCCCGGUGAGCAAGGAGCAGGCGGCCGCUGAGGCCGAGAGCGGCGUGGAGAAGAGCGAGAUCGAGGAGAAAGCGCAAGAGAAGGAGACGAAGGAGGCGGCGAAGGAGGCGGUGAAAGCCGAGAGGAAAGCCGGCGGUAAGAGAGACGGGCAGCCGCCGGCGGAUGCGAGCGCCGAGAGGAAAGGCAGGGCGGCGGCAGACGCGCUGAACAGGCAGAUCAAGGAGGUGGUCUCCACCGGGAGCAGCUACCGGAAUGAGUUCAAGGCAUAUAAGGACGUGAAGCCUGUGAAGCCCAUCAAGGCCCCAUCCCAGUACAAACCCCCAGUAGAGGAGACCAGUUUGGAAACCAGCUACAGUGCCACAUAUAAGGGGGAGCAGGGGGGGAGCCCCAACGACAACAAGCUGCUGGAGCGCAGGAGGAUACGCAGCCUGUACAGCGAGCCGGGCAAGGAGCCCACCAAGGUGGAAAAGCCAGUGUCUCGCUCCAAACCAAAAAAGACGACGACGACGACGACGACAACGGGGAAAAUGGUGAAAAAAGCAAAAGAGAAGCAGGUUGCCGGCUCCCUGUCGGCCAAGAAGAAACCUUCCACGAGCAGCCCAGAGUCCAAGCCGGAGGGAGGCGUCACAAAGAAAAGCAAAGAGAUCAGCAAUAGACUGGCCGAGGCAAAGCACUAAAAAAGGCCCCUCUCCGUGCCCUGCUCGUUAUCUGGGGAAUAAAUAAGCUU